UUCCUUCCUUGUUUUGGUCUGAAAUUAUUUGAAUUAUUACAUGUAUUAAAAUAGACGCAUACUAUUGUUUCUGUGGUUUAUGAGUGAAAAAAUACUUUCUGAGUUUUUUACGCUACAAACAGAUGGCGAGCAGACCGGCACAACAAUCGGCGAGUAAUACAAUUUUGACAGACAGCGUAAUGGCGCAAGUCCAAGUUCAGGGUCAAGGUCAGAGCCAAGGACAAACAUAUUCAUGGCUUGGGACUGCAGAUCAGGUUGCAAGGGAAGCCGAUGACAUGAUGGAGAAGUUACGCAAUAUAAGAAUUAAAUACCGACCAUUCCGAGACCGUUACAGUCAAACCAAUCUGCAAAAUGCUAACAAGAUUUUGUCUGAAUAUAACGAGGAGCUUUAUUCAUUAUGCUCAGCUAAUAGGAGGAAAUACAUGCCAAAUGUGGUAGACAAAACGAUGAUUCUUGAUCAAGAAAGGCAGGAAGCGCAGAAAAUGAUGCAACAUUAUGAAACCAGAAACUUUAAACUAGAAAAGGAACUGAAAGAGGCAAUACAGGCCAAAGAACGUGCUUUAAACAGGCUAAGUGAUCUUCAGUCUCGUCUGCUAAAAUAUGGAAACCCUGAAAUAACAGAUCUGAGCGACGAGAACCGACCCACAAAUCUCGGACAGAAUUUUAAACAGCUUUACGAGGAUGAAUGGACAGACGCGUUUGAAUUCUUAACGGAGAAAAGACCAAGUAAAGACAAUCAACUCAAAGACGAAGACGCCAUUGAUAUGCUGUAUUCCAUGUUGAAGCGAUGUAAUGCGUUUUGUUCUGAAGCACUCACUGGACAGCAUGCAGUACUUGCACAACUAGUGUCUAAUCCUCAAUAUCUAAAGAAAGAAACCAUUAGCGGUCGCCCCCAGUCUAAACCCCAGGCAACACCUAGACGAACUCCAAAUGUUACAAAAUUAGAUGUAAAGGUACAGCCUGCACAUCAGAAAGAUUCAGAAUCUCAGCAGGCCAAAGUCAACUUUUCAAAGACUAUGCCAGCUGGGACUCAAGGUAGUGGAGGUCUGUCUACAAGCGCCCACGGACAGUUGGGCCAACAAGGCGGAAAUGAAACGCACAUUGUUAAUAAAAACGCACAACCAGGUAGCCCAAGGUCAGCCCAGCUCUCAGAUGUGUAUGAUGCUGGACAAAUGCCUCAAUCAACAAAGCCUUCAACUGGUGAUCAAACGAUCAAAGAAAGGUUUGAAGUACCGUUCAAAGAGUUCUCCAAAAGCGUAGCCGCCGAAGUACUCAGAAAUAUAUCAGUUUCUGAUAUUCUACAAGCCAUAAACAAAGAUCAUCAAAUUCAAGAAGAUGUUCUACAGAAUGCAGAGGUUCAGAAAUACCUCGAGAAAUGUUUUCACUUAUGCUGGCUGAUGCUAGCACAAUACCCGCCGAUGGUAAUGGAUUUUGAAGCGAAGGAAGGAAAAGCAUUUGACAACGAGGCGUUUGAGACAUACACUAACAGGGGGCCUACAAUUGCCCGCAUUGUUUGGCCUCCUAUUUACUUACACAAAGACGGGCCUCUCGUCUGUAAGGGGUAUGCUGAAGGAACAAAAUAAAAUUGCGCCAUUGUCUUAAAGUAAAAAUAACAUGCAGAUACAUAGCACCUUCUACAAAAAUAUAUAUAUAUUUACAAACCGGAAUAAUGUUAUGUUGCAAUAUAUCUAGCUAUUUGGAUGCUUGUUGUGCAACAAGUGUGUGCCCCUCUGAAACGCAUUUUAAGUAUAUAGAAUAUACAUGUAUAUCACGGCUUGCAAUUGUAUUUUCUUAAAGCAUAUUUGUAUAUAACAUUCUAUAUUGUUAUUUAGUCAGUAUAUCUUGCCCCAUUUUGCAUUUUUUAUAUUUCAUUGCGGAAAACAGAUAUGCAAGUUUCCAGGGGAGCAAAAAUUACUGAUUGAAUAAUUCAUUUUAUAUUGAGUUUUAUACUGAAUCUUAUGCUGAAUUUUAUAAACACAGCGUAGAUAUUAAUACUCUUUAAGAUGUUUUGUAGUUACACGAUUUGUUUUACAGGACAAAAAAAAAAAUGAACAUAGCAUAUUUGAAAAAAAAAGUAUUGAAAUACUACAAAAUCCUACCCACUAUUUCUGGGGAUCGGGAAUAUGAAAGUAACAAACAGAAAUAUAGACUCGGAAUUGAAUACAUUGAUGACUGCUAAACUGGGGUUUAAAGGACAUGAUAAACUUUCCUUGCUAAUACCGAAUGGUUCGAAUUCCAACACUUCCAAUACCGGGUUGAUAAUCAAAUAAUUAGUAAUGGUACCCAGUUAAUUUGAGCUGUGCCAUGAGAAAACCAACAUAGUGGCUUUGCGACCAGCAUGGAUCCAG